AUGAACAACGGCAAACAACCACUCUACACAGGUCAAGCACAAUUCGUCGGCCAACCACAAAGACCUCAGUAUUAUGUGAAUAAUAAUUCCACAACAACAACAAAUUCUGUGACCACCCCAACAACCACCCCAACAAUGGCGGCCAAUCAAGAAGAUGCCAAUAAUGCCAUGUUGAUGUUUGUGAUUGGAUUCUUCUUUGGUAUUAUUUGGAUUGUGAAUUAUGUAAUGUAUCGAAAUUCACCAAAUGUUCGUGCUCAACAAUAUGCCAAGUACAGUCUCUAUGCGUUUAUUGCUUCUUUGGUGUUAAGCGUGGGAUUUUUUGUCCUUCUCAUCUUUUUAUCAGCGAUUUCUGCUGCAUUUUAA